GUUUGGAAAUAUCGUGGCAUUUUGUACUGGAUGUUCAGGUGGAACAGACGUCAACCCGUCCCUAAUCUUCAUCAAAGAUAGGUCAACACCGAAGUCUGAGUAUGAGAACGCCGCUUCCACUGGUGGCCAUCUUGGUCAUCGCAAGCUUGGUAGACGUUGCUGAACCAGGCUCGGUCAAUCUGGCCUUGAAAAAAAAAGCGACGCAGAUCGAUGGAUGUUGUGGAGGUUCUGCCUCUCGUGCUGUUGACGGAAACAAGAACAAGAAUUAUCGCGGUAACAGCUGCUCGCACACCAGCGCCAAAGCUGGAGAUAAGGUCAACAACAACUGGUGGUCGGUAGAUUUAGGGACCAAAUCAUCAGUCCAACGUGUGGUACUCUAUAACAGAGCAGACUGCUGUGGAAACAGGUUGGCAAAUUUCAAAAUAGUGGUUUCGGACACCAAGCCUAGACCCGGGAGGAAGCUCGUGUUUACUUCUGCCGAUGUAUGUGCUAGUAAAACUGGCGCCGUCCCACAAGGUGGUACAGCAACAUUCGUCUGCAGGAAAGACGGCAGAUACGUGUCGAUUGUUCAGUCGAGGGGUGUUCACCUGACCCUAUGCGAAGUCGAAGUGUUUGGAACCAAAUAUGUACCUCCCCAACAAGAUCCAAUUGCAUGUUCCCCAGGCUUCAAGAUUAACGAGCAAUCUAAACAAUGCGUUGAUCGUUGCCCCGACUACCAGCAGAGAUGGGACGGAACAAAAUGCGCCGUCCGUUGUUUGGCAAGUCAGAAGUGGGACGGAAAGAAAUGUGUAGGAAAAUGCGCUUCACCGAAGAAAUACAACGCUAUGUUCGGAACUUGUGAAACUAAAACUUGUCGUUGUUAUGCAUCUGGUGAUCCCCAUUAUUUCCAAUAUGACGGCACGCGAAUCGACUUCAUGGGGAAAUGCAAGUACACGUUCACCAAGCUCAGCGGUGCUGACAAGCGCACCAAGUGUUACUUCAACGUUGAAGAAAAGAACAUUCAUUUGGGUAACAAGCGCGUGAGCUAUGUGAAGCUUGUUGAUAUAAUGAUCGAGAACCUGACCUUCAGAUACAAUGAUAAAACCAUGAAAGUCUAUAUAAAUGGUAUUGACAGGACAAAGAGCAAGUUCCCAAUGCAAAUCCAAACGAACAUGGGAACACCAAUUACGAUCUCCUUCGCUAACCGUCAGUUCAGCGUUGAUGCCAGAGCUUGCGGUAUAGUCACUUCAUACAGGAACACUUUCAUUGAGACCUACCUUUCCUCAAAACUGGGAAGCAAAGUCGAAGGAAUGUGUGGAACAUGCAAUGGCGACCGAAGAGAUGACUUAGUUGCAAAGAGAACGAAAAAGCCGACUAACAAGUUGACUUUCUCCGAGAGUUGGUCGAUUCCUGAUGAUUCUGGUCUGCAGACACAAGGAAAUUGUAAAGCAGCGGAUGUCAAUGGAGACUGCACUGUAGCCUGGGCCACAAAAGUCGUGAACAAUGACCACUGUGGCUACAUCUCAAGCAAGAACGGUCCAUUCGGUUCAUGUAUCACCAGUGCAUUAGUGGAUGUACAGCGUUUCAAAGACAGCUGUGAAUUUGACGCCUGUUUCUACUCUAAGCAGGCGACUGCAGCCAAGGAUGUUCCUGAGGUGGUCUGUAAGAAUCUGGCUGCCUUUGCCGAUGAAUGUGCCAAACAGGGUGCUGGAAAUAGUUGGAGACGAGCUAACUUCUGUCCAAUGAAAUGUGAAGCAAAUGCUCACUACUCCCCAAAGAUGUACCCUGCAUGUGAAAAGACCUGUCAACAGAGGACUUCCCCAAAAGACUGUGACAGUGGAGAGCCCGAGGAUGGUUGCACAUGCAACAAUGGCUUCUUCAGACUUGGAAAUGACUGUGUACCUCCAGCGCAGUGCGGUUGUGAUGUCAGUGACGGACAGCAUAUCGACAGUGGCAAAUCGGUGGUAUUGGCAGACUGUGCAACCAAGUACCAAUGCACAGGGCAAGGGGUCUUGAAGAAAGUAGCCUUCCCCGCUUGUAAUAAAGAUGCUAGUUGUGCUGCAGUCAAUGGAAUGUACGCCUGUAAGUGUAAUGAUGGAUUCGAUGGAAAUGGACAUUCUUGCCAGACAAAAUGUCCCAAAGCAGAAGAAAAGUGGGAUACCAAGUCAGUUAAAUGUGUUCUGUAUUGCCCCGAUGUGGACACCAAAUGGGAUGGUAAAUCAUGUAUUCCAAGAUGUCCUGACGUUCAAACCAAAUGGAAAGGCCAGCAAUGCAACCUACGAUGCCCGAACCAAGACACACAGUGGUCAACUGUUAAAUCAGCAUGCAUCCCACGUUGCCCCGAUGUAAACACCAAAUGGGACAAAAUGCAACGCAAAUGUGUCGACCGUUGUACUGGUCACAUGUUAUGGGAUAACCAAUUACACAAAUGCACUGACUUAUGUGGAGGAGCUGAUAAAUGGGAUGAAGCCAAGAAGAAAUGUGUACCGAGAUGUCAGUCUGACCAGGAAUGGAAGAUGAACCGCUGUGAAAAUCGGUGCAAGAAGGGAGAAAAAUGGCAUGAGCCAACCAAGAAAUGCUUUCAAGACCCGAUGUAUCCAGAGACGACAGGAGGCAGCGGCGGGGGAGCUGGGUGUGUCAUUCCGUUCUUAUAUGGCAGUCAUUGGCAGGAGGAUUGUGUACGAGGAGAUAGGGGGAAAUGGUGCAGCACAACCGAGAAUUACGACAAAGAUCAAAAGUGGGGCUAUUGCCCAGUUACAUGCCGAACCGUGUCCGGUUUGAUAAAGUACCCCGGUGAUGCAUGGACUUUCGGCGGACAGAAACUCUUCUGUAACACAGAUGGAACCAUUGGCAAUGUGACAGGAGAUUACUCCAUGACCACAGGAGGUAGUGGCGGUGGAUCUGGCUGUGUUUUCCCAUACUAUUACAACGGAUACUACCACGGGAAAUGUAUGAUUUCAACGGAGAAACCCUGGUGCGGCACCAUCAAGGACGGGUCGACAUGGGGAUACUGCCCACCUCAAUGUAAAGUUCAGGGCAGAUUAAAGAAUGCCGGAGAAUGGUGGAUUGAUGGACCAAAGAAAUACUUUUGUGAUGAGAAUGCACUAGUUGACGUAGUGAAGGAGAUUACCGUCAAGACUAAAGAAGGAGGUCAGUGCGUCUUCCCCUUCAAAUACAACAACAAAUACUACGGCGAAUGUAUUGAUGACGAUGCAUGGUGUGCAACCUCUGCUGAUUACGAUGUAGACAAGAAGUGGGGGCGUUGUAUCGCUAUAUGUCUAACACAGGAACAGAAGAAAGUUAAUGCAGGAGCCACUUGGACUCAUGGAGGAAAGGAAUACGCUUGUGGAAAAGAAGGGAAAGUGAGAGAAAACGUGAAGUCAACCACAGGCAACUGCUUCUUUCCCUUCACCUACAAGAAGGUGAAGUACGAGAAGUGUACGGAACAAGAUUCUGCCGGUAAACCCUGGUGUUACACGGACGAUGCCGAAAAGGCGUAUGGAUACUGCGAGAUGCCCGCUCAAUCAAAGCAGUGAUAAAAAACCAAACCUUUUUGAACAUCUUCUCCUCAAAUUCUAUAAUUACUGUAUGUUUCUUCAUGAAAUAUAAGUCACCCCUAGAAA